AUGAGUGCAAAAGAUAAAGGAGCGGUGGGAGGUGGCCGUAAGAAAUCGGUUAAAUCUGUAAGCAAGUCUGCAAAGGCUGGCUUGCAGUUUCCAGUUGGCCGUAUCGGUAGGUAUCUCAAAAAAGGAAGGUUUUCCAAACGCAUUGGAGCUGGCGCUCCUGUGUACUUGGCAGCCGUCCUUGAGUACCUCUGUGCUGAAAUCUUGGAACUUGCGGGGAAUGCUGCCAGAGAUAAUAAAAAAUCACGUAUCAUACCCAGGCACAUACAGCUCGCCAUCAAAAACGACGAAGAACUCUCCAAGUUUCUAGGCGGAAUCACCAUUGCCUCUGGUGGUGUUAUACCGACCAUACAGCCCGUCCUACUCCCCAAAAAGCACAAGAAGGAUAAGGACCAUGUUGCCGCGUAA